AUUUAGUGUAAAUUGUACAAUAUGUCGUCUGAAUUGAGUCAGUUGAAGGCCAAUCGGGGCUACCAUAAAGGCGCGAUAACGCGCAUCGGAACUUUCUGUAUGUCAGAGGAUUUUAAAACUGCUUCUAUCGAAUUGAUUUUGCAGAAAAAAGAGAGGUUGAUAAAAUCUUUUAAUGAUUAUGAGUUGUGCAAUAGGGCCAUCCUGGCGUUAGAGCCGGAGGAUGACGAAUCAUAUGAAUCCUACGAGACCAAGCGGGAUUUGUGUCUUGCACUAAUCGAGACUCGUUUAAAACAAGUAUCGCCGGCUGCACAGGCGACUCCAUCCUCCGAGCUGGAAACAAGUAAGUUUAAAAAACUUCCCUGUAUUAAUAUAAAAACCUUCGACGGUGUAUCCAUUAUGGAUUACCAUCCAUUUGUAAAUAUGUUCAGAGCUGUCAUUCAUAAGGAUGCGAAGUUAAGCACUUGCGAAAAAUUGUAUUAUUUGCGGUCCUUUCUAGCAGGGGAAGCCUUGGACUUGAUAAAAAACUUGAUGUUAAAUGAUGAAAAUUAUGAAGUAGCUCUAAAGCUCCUUGAUGAUAGGUACAAUAACAUACCUAAAAUUGUAAAUUUUCAUGUAAAUAGCAUUCUUGACAUGCCAGUUUUGACAAAGUGUACAGCUUCUGCCCUGCGGUCUGUAGUGUCAACUGUAAAUAUGCAUCUUGCAGCUUUGAAAAACUUAAAUGAGAAAGUUGAGUUCUGGGAUACUAUAUUGGUUAAUAUUUUAGCUAAGAAGAUUGAUUCCUAUACAUACCGUGGAUUUCAUCUUGAACGUGAUGUGAAAGAGGUUCCUAAAUUGUGUGAAUUCCUUACUUUCCUAGAAAAGAGAGCGAUUGCCUUAGAAGCUACCAGUACGGAGGAGCCCAAGAAGACAGUAAAGUCUACUGUGAGUGCCGCGGCCACUAUGGGAGUUUCUUGCGUUCCAGUAUGUCUGCAGGCAGCUGACACCUGUGGGUCCUUACUUGGUGAAGACGAGAUUCGGUCAUAUUGUAGGCGGGAGGCUGCCCUUCCCUGCUGGCAAGAAGUCUAUAAGUAACUUUUGUGUUGCUUCCAAAGGUAAGGCAUUUACUUGUAAUAAUGUUGUAGAAGAUGAUUUACAAGCUCCCUUUCCUUGUUUUAAAACUGAAGUUUCCUCCCUGUCAAGGAAUUGUGAGGCUUCCGAAGAUAUUGCAGAUAUA